AUGGCCGAGGCUGCAGAUGAUGGCUUUCCUCAAGCUGUGCAGGAGCAUUUCAAGCUCUCUGACCAACUCUCUUAUGCAGCAGCUGCUUCCACUAUGGAACUGGAUCUUCAACACCAUCUGGCCUUCAAUACCCCUUGGAACUCCACCUGGGCAAAUUCAAACCAUGACACUAUUCCUUUCAGCUUUAUCGGAGACCUCCCACCCUCAGAUAGCAAUCCGCUAUUUCAUUUUAACCUGCCCCCACAACCUCCUUUGUUCGGGGAGUUAUUCCAAUCUGUACCCCACGGUUACAGCUUGUCAACCUCAAGCGGAGGAGGAACGGAGUACCAAGAGGGCGAUGGAGAAAGGCUGGAGUCCACUAAGGAAACUGGAAAGAGGACUAAGCACUAUGCCACGGCGCGGGAGAAGAGAACAAAUUUGAAUGACAGGUACAAGUUCUUGGGGAGUUUGGUUCCUAAACCUAGCAAGCCCGAUAGAGCUUCAGUAGUGGGAGAUGCUAUUGACUACAUAAAAGAGCUUGUUAGAACAGUUGACGAGCUCAAAUUACUGAAGGAAAAAAGAUCACGCAGUAGAGAGAGAAGCAUUAAGAGGCACAACACAGAUCAAGACGAUGCCUCCGAGCAGUCCUAUAAUAAUGGAUCUUUAAGGAGUUCCUGGAUUCAGAGAAAAUCCAAGGAUACAGAGAUUGAUGUUCGUAUCGUUCAUGACCAAGUAACCAUCACACUCCAACGAAAAAAGAUGGAUUGUUUGUUGUUUGUUUCCAAGGUUCUUGACGAGCUUCAUUUGGAUCUCCAACAUGUUGCCAGUGGCCAAAUUGGUGAUUACUACAGCUUCCUCUUCAACGCAAAGAUAUAUGAAGGUUCUUCUGUUCAUGCUGGUGCCAUAGCCAAUAAGCUUAUUGAGGUUAUGGACACAGAAUAUGCAGCCAUUCCCACAAGUAGCUAUUAA